ACCCGCACACAGUCCGCGCACUCCGCCGCCCGCCCGGCCCGCGCUCUCUGUCACACGCGCAUACACGCACAAACACACACACGCCCUCGCAGCCCUCGCUGUUUCGUCCAUCGCGUCCGAUAACAUUGUCCCAGGUGCUAGCCCAGUGCCACCAGGUGCCCUAAGGUGUAGGCACAGUGCCACGCUUGACGCCAGCGUCAGGCAGGCCAUUGACCUCCUCGAUCAGCCUUGCAGCGUCAUGACCUUAGCCGAGCAGGUGUAGGAUCCCUGACAGGUGUAAGUGAGGCCCAAGUGACGAGGACACAGCAGAAGGGGUUGAGUGUCAGUGGGCACCAUGCCAGCAGAAAGUGAGCAGCAAUGAUCGGUAGCGAGCAGUGAGAGAGCUCAUGAUAGUGCCAGCCGCGACUCACGUGUCAGCUCAGUGUUGUGGACAGUGUAACAAGUCCGUGUGUGCAUACAGUGUCGUUCUCGGCCUUAGUCGCAACGGAGGGAGAGUGAAGUGUCCUGCAGUAGUAGAGAGAGAGAGAAGCUGGGAGAGGCGAACAGUGUGUGUGAGCGGCAGCAAGGAUGAGAGUGUUGUGAGCGCGCGAGCCGAGUAUCUGGUGCGGGUCAUUCACCCCGGGCUGGCGGUGCAGGCGGCCUCGUGGCCUCACCCUCUCACAUCCACUCACGACGCCCAUCCGCGCCCACGCCUCCUUCAGGUACAUCACGCUCGUCGUCAGGGCAUCUACAAGGAGUCUUCUUAGUUAUGGAAAAGCCACGAGAACAAACGGCUGGACCGGUGUUGGACUCUGCCUAAAUGCGAGUUGUCCAGAGUUCAUUGACCCCAGAGCUUUGAGCGGCGCGCACCACUCACACCCACAGUUCCACUCACCACGCCCGCACGCCCAUACACUCCACUCUACAGUCUAUAAUACUGGACUCUACUAGUGUUUUGUGUUAGAGUAGAUAGGAGAAAAUCUAGGAAAAGGAAGAAGACGAGGAGAAAGAAGUGAGUAAGCGAGUGAGCGGUGCUAGCGGGGGAGGAGGGGCUCAGUGUACAGUUAGCCUGACGGUACCUGGUCACGCCCCAAGGACCACACCGGACCCUCGCUAAUUAUCAUCCUCGACUCUACAUCGCCGCCACCCCACGACACCCGGCAACAGUCACACGCCCAUCCACGCCCGCGGUUGGUAAUACCAAGCCCCGAGGAGUAGGCGAAGGUGGGCGUAUACGAAAUUUCAGUGGUUGUGGAAGGGGGUAGCGCUCCUGCGACACGGGCCACAGUCAACACGGCGACAAGUGUGUCACUGCAGUCUCAACACCCCCGGGGCUCACAACGGAGUGGCCCUCGUCUCCCCGUCGGGCGAAAGGUGCAGCUUACACUCGGUGUCUCGAGGGCGACAAUCCAGCCUCGUCGCCAGGAAUUUAUUUAACGAUUUGUUUAUAUUCAAGUGGUGCAAGGAAAGCCGAAGGUGCAGAUGAAGUUGGUGCUCGUGCAACGAUGAUGUAUUACAUAUGAUCUGUCUUAUAGUGUGUGCUACUGGCAGAGGUGUCGGGCUCGUGACAGGAGCCUCAGUGUGCUAGAGAUGACAGAAACCCGCUCAUCUGUGACGUAAUAUUGAGACAAGUAAACCUUACAUCCUGCCUUAUCCCAGGUAGCUGCGUUUAAGUGUUACAUUUGUAUAUAGUGGGACGAAGAACAACAGUGAACCUCGAGUUAGGCGACUCGAAGAAGCUAUCGUUAUUGUUGUUGUUAUUACAAUUAUUUAAGAUUUAAGAAUAUAUAUACCUAUAUUUUAUUUUCGAAUCGGUUGACAUAAAUCCGGCAAGCUGGAACCCCCAAACAGAAACCAGUGGGAUUUCGGAAGUCUCCUGAAGAACCCGGAGGAAAAGAUGGACAUAUUAAGCGAAAUCUUUGGGCCGGGGUGGGAACGAGAGGUGACCGGAGAUGCCGUGGACACCACCACGCCCUCCUCCUCCACGCCCACACCCACAAACCGCCCGCCCUCCGCGACUGAUAAGAAGUCAAACUCCAUCAAAGGUAAAGCCCAGAUUGAGAUCAUUCCCUGCAAGGUGUGCGGCGACAAGUCCUCCGGCGUCCACUAUGGUGUCAUCACGUGCGAGGGCUGCAAGGGCUUCUUCAGGAGGUCCCAGUCCUCCGUCGUCAACUACCAGUGCCCGCGCCAGAAGAACUGCGUGGUGGACCGGGUCAACCGGAACCGGUGCCAGUAUUGCCGCCUGCAGAAGUGCCUCAACCUCGGCAUGUCCAGGGAUGCUGUGAAGUUUGGGCGCAUGAGCAAGAAGCAACGCGAGAAAGUUGAAGACGAAGUUCGCUACCACCGGGCGCAGAUGAGGGCCGUGCCAGGACAAGAGACCUCGCCAGACUCUUCCAUGUACGAGCCGCCCACGCCCACAUCCUCAGAUAUUUACCCGCCCACGUACCACUACAGCCCAGACCUUACGUCCUUUACGCCUACAGGGUACAACUAUACGCCUCAGACUACCACUUCUACAAUACCUUUUGAGAUCACCCCAGAUUAUGUGGUUGAUUCUACCACUUUUGGUGAUGUUCGCCAGACCUCCCUAGAUCCAUUACCGGACUCUGGGGCAAUGUCACCAGUUGUGUCCUCUGGUAAAGGCGGGUACGUUCACAGAGGAGCUGGCACAGGAGGUGGAGGAGGAGGAGGAGGUGGUGGAGGUGGAGGAGGAAGCGAGCAAACAGGUGGUGGUCAGAUGCGCGGUGCAGGGCCCGGAGGAGGAGGCGGAGGAGGAGGAGGGGAAGGAGGAGGAGGUGGAGGGGGAGGUGGUGGAAGCCUCAUUGGUGGAGCAGACAUACUUAUAAAAGAAGAAGUAGAGACGUGCUUUAACAUGGACACCUUGCAGACCACCACCAGAUUGGGUGAAGGUGGUGGUGCUUCCAGUAUGUCCGACAAGAACUUUACUCCCGUAGACAGUACGACGUACCUGCCUCCCGGACCCACCUCUCCACCCCUCAGUCAACCUCAGCAGCAGCAACAGCCACAUCAGCAGCUACAGCAACAACAGCAACAACAUCUACAACAGCAGCAACAACAACAGCAGCCAACUGUAGUCGGUGCAACAGUGUUACCAGAAGAAGAAAGCGUGUCUCCCCAUCCAGAGCAGUUAGCCGAGAUCAUCGCUCGCUGGGUCGCCGACGCGCACCUGCGGACGUGCCUCUACUCCACGGAGCACAUCUUAGAUGUCAUGAGGAAACAGUCGCCAGACAUCACUAAUAUCAACUACUACAAAAAUAUGGCACAUGAAGAACUUUGGUAUGACUGUGCUCAGAAAUUGACAUCAGUCAUUCAGCAGAUCAUUGAAUUUGCUAAAGCUGUUCCAGGUUUUAGAAAGUUUUCUCAAGAUGAUCAAAUUGUUCUUCUCAAAGCAGGGAGUUUCGAGCUGGCAGUGCUUCGGAUGACGCGGUACUACGAUGUAAAUCAGAACUGCGUGGUCUAUGGUGACACACUACUGCCUAUGGAGGCUUUCCUCACAACAGAGACAGUGGAAAUGAAACUUGUUAACAACGUCUUUGAAUUUGCCAAAACUAUCGCUGAACUUAAGUUGACAGACACAGAGUUAGGCUUGUACUCUGCUCUUGUGCUCCUACAAGCAGAUCGGCCCGGAUUGCGCGGGACGGACGAGAUUUCCAAGCUGAACGAGGCCGUCGGGCGGUCGCUCUGUCUGGAACUCGAGAAGACACACCGAUACCCAGUCAAGGGGGACAUCACGGUCUAUGCCUUCUUGCUGGCUAAGAUGCCAGCCCUCAGGGAGCUGAGCAUGCUACACCAGGAAGCACUGAGCAAGUUCAAGAGGAAUGCACCACACCUUCAGUUCUCAGAUCUCCACAAGGAGAUCUUCAAUGUAGAUUCCUGAGGUGCCUAUACCAGAUAUCCUGGUGAAGAUUAAUAGUGCAGAAGAGCGACCUUCUCUCCUGCUUCUGUUGCUCGAUCACAUUAUUUUCUACAAGUGAAUGAAUCGUCUGUACAUUACCUUCGUGAAUUGUUUGUUAGUGUUACUUGUUAGCACAGAGGACUAUGGACUCUUUAAAAUACCAUUAUAGAUGUGUUGUGAGUUUUACAGAGUCUAACAGGAGUUCUGUUUAGAGGAGUGGGAUACUAAGAACCUCUUGUCUCAGAUCUAAGCCUACAACAGCCCCGUGUAGAUUAUAAUGUUGAUAAAGAUGCCUUACACCCAGAGAGUCUGGCAACGGUGGCCUCGUAGCUAAGUGUUAGUGAGAAGUCUUGACCCUCUCUUGCUAUGUCCAAGGUUGAUGAUACUAUACAGUUUAUUUUUUAAGGAGUCAUGUGAACACCCUUGACAAUGAUCCUUAUCUUUGUAAAUUGAAGAUAUUGUAUACUUAAAAGAAUAUUUAAUUACAUUAUGUGAAUUGUUGUAUACUAGAAAUCUUUAUUGCCCAUAGGUAAAGUUAUCAUUCAUAUUUAUCAUUGUCAACAAAAGGUAUAAACAAAAUUACCACUUAAUCAUGUCAUCAUGCCCAUCAUUAUGUUUAAUUUUUUUUUUCUUUUUAUAAGUUUAGCUAGCUUAUAAUUUUGUAUAGUUUAAUUUAUUUUUGUUCAGCUUUUCCCAGCAAACACAUACUGAAAUCAUAUAUUGUGCCAGUUCAUACUAACCUGCAACUGAUGUGGUCACGAUUUGCCAUGCUUGUUCAUGUCCCAACAAAACAUGAAUGUAUAUGAACGGGGAUUGGAACAGUGGUACAAAGAAAAUGAGAGUCAUUUAGACGGGCACUGGUGCGGGCAGAAAACUGUAGAAAACUGCCUUAAAACUGGGUUCCUGCGACAGUGCUUGAGUGAUGAAGUGAACCGCCCAAAUCAAAAUGACUGACUCACAGACUAAGUGGCCAGUAGAAUGGCAGAAUUGGAUACGUAGAAAACUGUUGCGCUCAAGUGGUGAAAAGUAUUCCGUCUUAAGUACUGAGCGUCCACGUCUCUCGAAUGGCCUCAGAGUCUCAUACAUACGCUGUGUCGCGUCCUUUGCCCAUUCCAGCCGCGCUAGAGUACAAAUAGGUUAGAGCCGAGGCUCUCCUGCCCUGUCUUGUCUCCUGCAGUCCUGCCCUGGACCUAAAGGCCCGUGACCUCCUGUGACCUGCCCUGGACCCACUGGCCCGUGACCACGUCUGGUAAAGUCCCUGGUUUAGGGGAGCCUAAAGCCACUUCUGCCAGCCGUCUGACCGACGCUCAGGCCUGUCUUCUGUCACCUGUUUUAUAUGGAAAUGAAGAGAAAUUAAGGGGUAAAGGAAGACACACUGAAAAACAACCUCUCUCUCUCUCUCUCUCUCUCUCUCUCUUCUCUCUCUCUCUCUCUCUCUCUUCUCUCUCUCUCUCCUC